UUAUUUAUUUUUUCAGUAGGAAGAUAUGAAGUUUUUAUCCUUGUUGAGUCGGGGAGCGGUUUCGCGAUUCACUUGGAGCAGGUUCUCGAGUUCAGUGGCCAAGGAUGAUCCUGCCAAGUACUUUUUCAACCCGGAGAUUCAUGCUUUGCUCAAGAAGGUGACGGGUUAUGACGAGGCCAAGAUUUUUGCGAGGCUGCCGAGACGAGAGAAUAAAAGAGCCCCGCGAUACGAAUUCAUGAUGAAGAAGGAAUACGAAAAGUUGGUGUCGGAGUUUCACGAGAAGGGCAAACGAUUGCUUCAAAUGCCGCCGGUGGUGAAGGAAAGGGAAGACGUGGAAGAGUUGCUGAGUGAUGAUCCUGAGCUCAAGGGCUACGAUUCGGCAAAAUAUGUGUUCACAGACAUAACUUACGGUGUUUCCGAAAGGAGCCAUCUGAUGGUGGUUCGAGAGCCGGACGGGAAGCUGAGAAAGGCGAGAUGGGAGGAACGGGAUCGACUGAAUACGAUUUACUUUCCUGUUCGAGGACGACUUCAUAGGAAUCCGGAAAUGUUUGAGAACAAAGAAAACUUGGGUAAAGCUCUGGAACGGAAGGAUUACUUGUUUGUGCUGAACAGGGCGUGUUUGCAGUUUGACCCGGACCACCCGAAUUACAAAUGGGUCGUUGAACAGACCUAUGAGCACAUCAAUGCCCAGAGGGCACACGAAGACCUGCGUUCCACGCGACACUACGGCCCAAUGAUCUUCCACCUGGCCUGGACAAAGAACAUCGACAAUGUCGUGGUGGAUCUCAUUGACAUGGGCAGGUUGCGAGAUGCGUCGAACGUCAUCAAAGUGUAUCACUUGAUUCACGGGACGGAAGUUUCUCCUGAUUUGCACCUCGAAAACCCAUUGGAAUAUGUCAAACAAUAUGCUGAGACGCAUUCUUUGAAGAAAGGCGUGUUGACUCUUGCUUUGCAACACUUUGAGCAAAGUGCUGAAGAAGCUCAAAGCGGUUGAAUUGUUGUGCAUGGGUCAUGAAUGAACUCGCUUUUCUGUUCUCAAGCCAAAAACUGUUGAGUUGGUUUUCAGGUUAUGUGAGGAAAAAAACAACUGAAGCAUGGGGCAAUAAAUUGCAUCUAUGGCAUAA